GACCGUCAGCCAGCAGAGUUUCAGUAUCAGAGGUUUGAUGACUCUCUGCUGGCAGCAUGAAGACAUGAAACCAAAACACUCUGAAGUCCAAACCCAGAUCUCAGAUCUGCUGCUGCAGAACACAACAGAGACGGACCUGCUGAACCCAGAACCGUUUCACAGGUCGCCAGCUCUCAGCCAGAUUGAAUAUUUGGCUGGAGGACAGAGAAAAGAAACACCGCUGACCUCCAUAACUUCAUUCACUGAUCUCACAUUCAGCAGCAGCUUCAGCCAGAAUUUGUUUGUCGAUCCAACAUGGCAGCCAUGUCUGAGGUGAACCUGGACGACUACAGCGUUUACAGCUCGCUGUCUGACGAGGAGCUGCUGCAGAUUGCUGUCGAGAGAAGCCUCUCUGACAAACACUGGCCUUCAGACUGUGAUCAGAUAUCAUCAUCAUCAUCAUCAUCUUCAUCCUCAGCCCGUGCUCUGCCCACUCGAACAAGCCCAAACCCCAGGCGGAGACAUCCCGACCCCCCCAGACACCUGAACCAUGGUCCUCCAUCCCGUCCUCCACCUCCAGCCCACCCAUGUGUCUCUAACUGUGCAAAUCCCCCAACAGGGCUGUUCCCCUCCAUCUACAGACCCGUCCGGAGAGAGUUCACUCCGCUGCAGUCUAUGAUUAUAAAUGGAGAUUCAGAGGCUCUGCUGGAGUUGGUUGAACGGGGGUCCGGCAGCGAGAUGGAGCCCAGCGACGAAGGCUGGAUUGCUCUUCAUGAAGCUGCUUAUUACGGACAACUGGAGUGUGUCACGAUCCUCAUUGGAGCUCAUCCCGACUCGGUGAACAGAUGCACGUUGAAGAAUAAGACCGCUCUGGUCCUGGCUGCCGGUCGGGGAAACGUUUCCUGUGUCGAUUUUCUCCUGAAGAACGGAGCCGACCUAGAGGUCGCCGACAAGAACCGAGAAACGCCGCUGUUCGCAGCCUGUGAGGAACCGAACGAAGCCAUCGUGGAUCUGCUGCUGAGGUCAGGAGCUCGGGUGAAUCGCUGCAACAUUCAGGGAGUGACUGCUCUUCAUGAAGCCUGCAGACACGGACAACUGAAGCUCUGCAGGAAGUUACUGGAGUCCGGAGCCGAUCAUCACGCCAAAAACAUCUAUGGCAUCCGACCGAUGUUCACCGCUGCACAGCUCGGACAUGUCAACAUCAUCCAGCUGCUCGCCAAGAAAGGUGCAGAUAUAAAUGGACAGGCAGGAGACGGAGCGUCGCCGCUGUUUGAAGCCUGUAAGAACGGUCAUGUUUGUGCUGCUGAUGAGCUGCUGUCUCUGAAAGCGGACGCUAACCGCUCCACCACGUCGGGCCUGCUGCCUCUUCACGUGGCCGUUCAGAACAAUCACUCACGAGUUGUGUCACUGCUGAUCCCGGCGACCAGCAGGGUCAAAGUCCAGAACAGCGGCAUCAGUCCUCUGCACAUCGCCGCAGAGAACAACUGGGAUGACAUCAUGGAGCUGCUGAUUGAGUCUGGCUUCGACGUCAACGCCAAGUUGUCGGAGGACCACUCCGAGAUGUACGAGGACCGGCGGAGCACGGCGAUUUACUCCUCCGUCUACAACGGGAACAUAGAGGCCGUCGAGAUGCUGCUGGAGGCCGGAGCUGACCCCAACCUCGACGUCUUCAACCCGCUGCUCAUCGCCGUCCGGCUUGGUCGGAUGGACAUUGCGACACUGCUGCUGAAGUACGGCGCCGACGCCAACGCUAAGAUCCCCACCCAGCCGUCCUCCUUCCCGGUGGCCAUCCUGCUCAGAAUGGAGACGCUGCCGAUGCUCAAACUGCUGCUGGAUAACGGCUGUGACGCUAGGCCUUGCUUCGACUGUCCCUACGGCCAAAAACCACAUCCGCCCGUCAUGCCAUCACGCUCUCGCAUUGACGAAAUGCGGAUCAGCACAGUUGCACCGCCGCAGCGCUGCGUUCAGUUCUGUGAGGCCGUCUCCAGCUUGUUGUCUCGCCGUGCAGCCGGUCCGAUCAUCUCGAUGCUGCUGGACUACGUGAGUCAUGUCCGUCUCUGCUCCCGUCUGCUGGAGGUCCUGGAGAGUCACAGCGACUGGCCGUCCAUCAAACUGAAAGCUCGUCCUCCUCAUCCUCUGAUGCAGCUCUGCAGGUUGGAGAUCAGACGUCCGGUCGGAGUCCAAAGACUCAAACUGCUCCACACGCUGCCACUUCCUGUCAGACUGAUCCGCUUCCUGCUCUAUGACGUCGCUGUUCACGCACCUGAAGUCUAAAGUCACUAGCUGAGUCAACGUUAGCUCGGCUAAGUUUGUGUAGGCUGUACUUCUUCCUAUUCCUUUUCAGGCAUGUAAUAGCUAUUAAUGUUGAUUAUCUGUUUAUUGAAAGUUUGCUGGAUGUUUACUGUUCAUUCUAUUUGUUAUUUUUUACUCAUUUGUUACAUGUUCGAAAUAAAUAAAUAA